GAUUCGUACUCCGUACAUUACUGGAUUCCUCCCCUCCUCACUGGCUCCCCUCCAGUUCAGUUCCCCGUCACCGAGAUCAUGUUGUCGUCGUCGCUGCGCUCGCUCUGCCACCGAGGGCCCUCAAUGGCCUCUCGGGCCUUCAGCACCUCUUCCGCCGCUUAUGCUGCCGAGGUUAAGUCGCUGGGCGUGAUUGGAGCUGGCCAGAUGGGACUAGGAAUUGCUCUGGUAGCUGCUCAGAAGGCCCAGGUUCCGGUGACUCUGAUCGACAACUCCCAAGCCUCCAUCGACAGGGGCCUCAAGUUUGCCGACAAGCUUCUCGAGAAGGAUGUCUCCAAGGAGCGACUCACCCGAGAGGCGGCCGACACUGCCCGGGCCCGCAUCACGCCCAGCCUGAAGAUGGAUGACCUCUCAUCCGUCGACUUCGUGAUCGAAGCCGUCCCCGAGAUCCCCGAUCUCAAGACCUCCAUCUUCACCCGACUCGCCCAGAUCGCCCCCAAACAUGCCAUUCUCGCCACCAACACCUCCUCCAUCUCCAUCACCAAGAUCGCCGCCGCCACGACCACCGACCCCACCGACCUCCAGGCCCCCUCGCGCGUCAUCUCCACCCAUUUCAUGAACCCCGUCCCCGUCCAAAAGGGCGUAGAGAUCAUCGCCGGCCUGCAGACCUCCAAGGCGACCAUCGACACGGCUAUCGCUUUCGUGCAGCGCAUGGGCAAGGUGGCGUCCGUCUCCGCCGACUCGCCGGGUUUCCUCGCCAAUCGCAUCCUCAUGCCCUACAUCAACGAAGCGAUCAUCUGUCUAGAGACGGGCGUCGGCGGUCGCGAGGAUAUUGACAAUAUCAUGAAGACUGGCACCAAUGUCCCCAUGGGCCCCCUGACCUUGGCCGAUUUCAUCGGUCUCGACACCUGUCUGGCGAUCAUGAAUGUCUUGCACCAGGAAACCGGGGAUAGCAAGUACCGGCCAUCAGGGCUGUUGAAGCGCAUGGUCGAUGCCGGCUGGCUGGGCAAGAAGUCCGGCAAGGGCUUCUACGACUACUGAUCGAAUGUCUAUGUAUACGCUGCGAUAUCCCUUGUUGUUGAUGACUUAGAGACUCCCUCGUGAAAUAUGACAAUGCAGAUUGGACCGGGGUAUAACACACUGCAUGAUACACACCCAUCUAGGCUACGUAGUCCACUUCUUUCUAGCAUGGUAAAGCCACAAUGAAUAUGACUUCAACAAUCUCCCCACAUUAUCCCACUCUCCGUCCCUUCCCAUCC